AUGUCUGACGCCGGAGAAAUCGAAGUCGAGCAGCCCCAGGGCUACCCCGUCCUGCCCAAGGAUGUCGCCCAGGAGAUUGGCAGCGUCAAGCUGUUCAACAAGUGGACCUACGAGGAUGUCGAGAUCAGAGACAUCUCUUUGACCGACUACAUCCAGAUCCGUCAGCCCGUCUACCUCCCUCACUCUGCCGGUCGUUACGCCCAGAAGAGAUUCCGCAAGGCCCAGUGCCCCAUCAUUGAGCGUCUCACCAACGCCCUCAUGAUGAACGGCCGCAACAACGGAAAGAAGAUCAUGGCCGUCCGCAUCGUCGCCCACGCCUUCGAGAUCAUCCACAUCAUGACCGACCAGAACCCCAUCCAGAUCGCCGUCGACGCCAUCGUCAACUGCGGUCCCCGCGAAGACUCCACCCGUAUCGGUUCCGCCGGUACCGUCCGUCGCCAGGCCGUCGAUGUUUCUCCCCUCCGCCGUGUCAACCAGGCCAUUGCCCUCCUGACCAUCGGUGCCCGUGAGGCCGCUUUCCGCAACAUCAAGUCUGUUGCCGAGUGCCUUGCUGAGGAGCUUAUCAACGCCGCCAAGGGUUCUUCCAACUCGUACGCCAUCAAGAAGAAGGAUGAGCUUGAGCGUGUCGCCAAGUCCAACCGAUAA